UGGGAACAUGCGUGCAUGUAUGUGCGUGCGUUCGUGCGUGUGUGUGUGUGUGGUAGACUUUACAUGUGUGUGUGCAUGCAGACUCAAUGUGGUUCUAAUCAGGCGUGCAUGCGAGUUAACAACUGCCAUGUGGGAAGGAACCUCCACACGUCCCCCCCCCUCCCCGACACACACACAUACACACAGUGGUGCCUUGAGAUACAAGUUUAAUUCGUUCCGUGACCACACUCGUAUCUCAAAUUAUCUUUCCCCAUUGAAAUGAAUGGAAGUGCCAUCAAUCUGAUCCAGGCUUACAAAAAAGUAGCACUCUAUCAUACAGUAUUGUACUUUCUAAAAGCAUACAGUGAUAGCAUAAUGAUAGAAUAUAUCCUUCUUUACUUGUGCACCAUGGCAACCUGGGGGCUGUGUAAUACAGUUAUAUGGAUAGACAUGGAGACGGCCAGUAAGUUGCAGCAAUAUUAGUCUUUCUUUGCAGAGGAUAAAGAAUAUACAGUAUGCCUGUUUAUUGUUAUAUCAUCCGCCGACAUGUGAUGCUCCACCGUUUGUGUUCAAAUAUCUGUUGAUUAAAGAGUUAUGACUGCAACACCGACGCUAUUCGUCAGCCUGUCAACGGCAUUUUGGAUAGUUUGUAUGCAUUAAGCUAAUGGGACUAAUCUAAAGCAAAGCUAUGUGGUUGUUUUAAAUACACAGCAGAUAAUUCUCUGUGUUUUGUGUUUAGUUUGACAGUAAGGUUCGACUGCGAGUGGCAAUAAAUGGCUUGAAGCCUCUUUCCUGAAGAUUUUUUGCCAAACUGCUGCUUGAGCUCGUCAUCAAAUUUCUGUGGUAUGUCUGCCCCCUGGUGGCCAAGAUGUGCACACCAGAUUGAGCAGCACAAUGCCCACUGAAAUAUCAUGAAGCACUGUUUAAUUAUUUAGAUUCUAUUUAAUUAUGCUGUUUGUGUGGGAUUUUACAAGUAAUAUAAGUAUUUUCCUAUUAAAAAAACAUGUUACAACAUUUUUUUUGUUGGUGUUUUUUUUUUUUUUUUAGCACUGGAAUGGAUUAACAGCAUUUCCAUUCAUUUCAAUGGGGACUAAAGAUUUGAGAUACGAGUAUUUUGAGUUACGAGCGUGGGCAUUGAACGAAUUAAACUAAUAAAUCGAGGCCCCGCAUAUGGGAGAAGCUCUGGAGGUGUCACACUCAAACACACUUUUAGGGUUUUUGGGUCACAGCUUCCAGCUUUUGUGAUAUGCAUAAAUACCGGAGCAAAAAUAUUAGGCCACCACUCACUUCGAUAUAUGCUGAGCUCAGUUCAGCGAGCCUCAAACCCGACAAAGAAACAACCUCUAAAUUCCGGACAGCCACUGUGCCACUACUCAUGUGGAGCUCUCCCCAGUCAACAUCCCCAGCCCGCCACCCUCGGCCAAUCAGCGGGCCGGGAUGCAUUCCCCGCCUCCACGGAGAGCGCUGGCUAGAGAAUUCAGCGGCACCUACGAGAGCCUGCCGGCGCGCUCCGUUCAGGUUUCAGAGUCCUGCGUGGUGGAGUGUCCCAGCAUCCAGAUCACCACCAUCUCGCCUGAAGACGAGCCAGCAUCCGCCCUCUCCUGGGACGUGGAGGGCGGAGGUAGGUGGGACAAGGAGCGUCUCUACCUCCCGCUGCUGGACCCCUUCACCUACCGAGACAGGUGCCCGGGCUCGCUCAGUCCCAGCCCUGCCUCCAGCCCCUCGUCCCGUGGCUGGUUGAGUCCGGCCUCCAGCUGUGACUCUCUGCUGGUGGAAGAGGAGGAGCUCAGCGAGGCCACGCUCAAUUUCGGGCUCUCACCGUCCUCGCGGCCAACUUCUCCGGGCGGAAAGAAGCGGAGAAACUCGCCCCUUGCGUCCCCUUGCUCGUCCCGAAGGGGGAGUUACUCCGAGGAGCUGCAGGGCCUGGAGGGGGGAGACUCAGGCCCUCUGUCACAAGCUCCGUCCGGUAGCUGUGAGCUCAGCGUUCCACAGAAAACGAGGAAGACAUCUGUGGAGCAGUUGUCUCCAAGGGAUCAGGAGCAGGCCCCAGGGCCACAACAGCCAGAGACCAUGCAGACCAGAAGAGACCCCCCUUCAAUGAGUAUGGACUACCUCUCGGUACCCCCUGCACUGGCUUGGGGGCGGACCCGAGGCAACGCCCACAGUCCUCUCUUCAGGUCCAAUGCCCUCCCGCCGCUCGACUGGCCCCUGCCUUCCCAGUUUGACCAGUACGAGCUACGCAUCGAGGUGCAGCCCCGUCCGCACCACCGAGCCCACUACGAGACCGAGGGGAGCCGAGGAGCCGUCAAGGCCAUUCCGACUGGGCAUCCUGUUGUCAAGCUGUUCGGCUACAACGAAAGGAAAUCACUUUCUCUCCAGGUUUUUGUCGGAACCGCAGAUGAUCGCUCCAUCAGGCCACACCCCUUUUAUCAGAUACACAGGGUGACAGGGAAAAUGGUGGGGACCACCAGUCAUGAGAGCAUCCAGGUGGGAACAAAAGUGCUGGAUAUCCCCCUCAACCCGGAGAACCACAUGACUGCACUAAUCGACUGCGCCGGGAUUCUCAAGCUGAGGAACUCUGACAUUGAGCUGAGGAAGGGCGAAACUGACGUUGGGAGGAAGAACACGCGGGUGCGCUUGGUCUUCCGAACCCACCUCCCUCUGGCGCCCCCUGCUGCCCCCCCUGGUCGGGUUCUGGCCCUGCAGGUGGUCUCGCUGCCUAUCGAAUGCUCCCAGCGGUCAGCACAGGAACUGCCCGUCAUCGAGUCAGUCAGCCUCACUUCCUGUUCGGUAGAGGGCGGCGAGGAGCUCCUGCUGAGCGGCACCAACUUCGUGACAAUCUCCAGAGUUGUUUUUAUGGAGAGAAGCACAGAUGGUAAACUUCAGUGGGAAGAGGAAGCUCACGUGGACCGUGACAACAGCAAUGAGUGUUUGCUGUGCGCGAGGGUGCCGCCCUACUGUGACCUGUCCAUCACUCAUCCAGUGUCGGUCAGUCUUUUCGUCUCCAAUGGGAAGAGGAAAAGGAGCAGCACUCAUUGCUUCAAAUAUGUCCCCAUCAUGUUUAAGGAAGAAGACCCACUGCUGUCCCGAUCCCAGGCACCGCCUCUGGAGUCCCAGCAUGAAGGGGCGGUGUGCUCUUCGGUGGGGGGUCAGUCCGGAAUGAACGUGAGGUGCGACCCCAUGACAGACGAGCAGACGGGCCUGGGAUUCCACCUGCCCCCUUAUCCACCCACCUACUCUCCUCCGUGUACCACCCUGGCUUACCAGGAGGAGUACGGCGCUGACACAGUGACGGAGGAGCCCGGGGGGACGGGCCCCACCGUGUCUGAGCAUCACCCCAGCUUUGAGAACCUGGAGCUGGGUUUCACUGAGCUCCUCCCCCCUCUGUACCUCCGCGGUCCCCAGCCACCGUCCCCUUCCCCCUGGCUCGACUCACCCUACCUGUCCUCCUCACCCUCUCCCUCCCACUCCUCUUCUCUUAGCCCUUUCCCAGCCGGCAGCCCCAUCUCCACCUCCCCUCUACCUCCUGUUCUGACCCCACCGUAUGCCCAGUACUCGGCUUAUCCUCAGGAGAUGUGCCCCUCCCCCCCAACACAUCUGAGCACCUACCACGACAUGUGUUCAGCGCCUUACUCCCACUAUGAGAGCAGCUGGGACGCUCAGGGGAGGGUUCUGGGAAUGGGUCAAAGGGAUGAGAGGGAUGCCAAGAUUCAGGAGUGCCCUCUGGAGUUCACCAGCUCCACCACCAUGCACCCCAUCACAUUUGAGGAAGUAUCAGAGUACAUCGGGCAGGACUUACAGUCCUUCCAGGACGCCUCGCACACCGACAAGCAACCACACUGAUGAUGUCAUCACUCUGCAUCAUUAACUUUCGCAACGCACUAUAUAACACAACUUCCUGCUCCACCUUUCCUGUUUUAUUGCUGGCCAUUCAUAUUUCUCAUAUGAUUAUGGCCAUAGGUACAUGUACGCAUUUCUUUUUUGAUAUUUUAUAAAGGGAAAGUAAUGUUUUUGUGCAAAUAAAUUAUCUCCAAAAUGAAAA